AUGAGAAAUGAGGAAAAUGAGCAAGCGGCUCAUAUGAUGCUGAGGAACCACCGCCUCCCGUGGGGAUUCACAUGGAAUACCAGAGGAAUGGUCAAUGAGGUGCCCGAGGAGUGGGCAGCAUCUUUGUGCCGUAAUGGUGCACAAGUGGAAACAGUGUGCACAUUGGCGCGGCAUGGCGGGGCGGCGACGCCAUGCGGUGGGCCCGUGGCCUCGAACAAUAACAAUAUCGCCAGUAAUGACGCGGAAACUGGCACCGGCGUAAGUACAACGAGAGAGCAACAGGGGGAGCACGUCACGAUGUCCAGCGAGCGAGCGGAAGCGGAAACGUGGGCGGAGGCGGAGGCGGAGGCGGCCACCGUACUGGUACGCGACUGCACCCGCGACGACCUGCCCGCCGUGCAUCGCAUGAUACACGAGCUUGCAACUUAUGAGGGGAUGCCCGAGGGUCCGCAGCUCAGCGUGGAAGAUCUCGCGACGGACGGGUUCGAGUGCUCGCCGCCGUGGUUCUUCGUGCUGGUGGCGGAGAGCGGCGGCGAGGUGGCGGGCUUCGCGAUGUGCAACCGCGCCUACUCGAGCUGGACGCGGCGCGCGCUCUACGUGGAGGACCUGUUCGUGGCGCCGCACCUGAGGCGCGCGGGGGUGGGGCGCGCCCUGCUGCAGGAGCUGUGCCGGCGCGCGCUGCGCUGGGGCGUCUCGCGGCUCGACUGGCACGUGCUGGAGCACAACGCGCCCGCGCGCCGCUUCUACGCGCGCCUCGGCGCCCGACACCUGGGCCGCACCGAGGGCCGCGCCGCCCUGCGGCUCUACGAGGACCGCAUACGGGCCGUGGCGGAGGGACACCUGCUGCGAGACGACCAGCUCGACCCCGACGACUUGCUCUGGGGCGCAGGCGCGCUGCGGCGGGGGGUGGGGGGGCCGGGCCUCACCCUCGCCCUCGCCUCGCCCUCGCCCGGGACAAGCGUCGGGCUCGUGGCUCGGGAGGACAGGAGCGCCGCCGCCGCCGGGGCGCACGUACUCCGUCGCUCUAUCACGGUGGCACAUUCGCCGCGCAAGAGGCCGUCGCGACCGCCUUCGCCCGAGGCGCUUAAUCGGCGCGGCGGAGCGCGAGCGCGGCGGAAUGGCGCGGAGGGGCGGCGCGUGAGGCAUGCGAACGCCGCCGUCGCCGGUGCCGCUGCUGCUGCGGCUGCUGCUGGCCACCGCCACCGGUGCCACCGCCACCCCCGCCACCACCCCCCCACCACCGGCGCCACCCCCGCCACCCCCGCCACCACCGGCGCCACCCCCGCUAACACCACGGCCGCCGACCACGCGGCCAACUUGCUCGUGCUGCGCUCGGCGUGCGGCGCCCGCGAGCCCGCCCACUUGAGCGCCAGCGCGCUCCGACACCACGCUCUCUCCGUCGGUUUCAACAUCACUCUGAGCGAUCAGUUUCGUGUACUCAGUUACGACGAGACGUGCGGUUCUAAGUGGCGUGAAACGGUGACGCGUACUAGUCUGGGCGCGCUGGUUGCGGGCGGCGCGGUGGUUUGCGCGGGCCGCGUGGGCGCGUCGGUGUGCGGGCUGUUGGCGGCGGCGGCGCGCGGGCUGCGGGCGGCCGCGGCCGUCGGCUGCGCCGCGCCGCGCGCGCGGGGCCGCCGCCGUGGCCGAGGCGGCGCUGCGCCUGCGCUGGCGGCGCGUGCUGCUGCCGCCCGCGCCGGGCGCGGACUGCGCGGCCGCCACGCUCGCAGUGGCGCACCAGCUCGCCUCCGUCGGCCUAAUAGUUCGCCGGCAACCACUCUCCCGCGAAGAACUAGAUCAACAACCUCACGUGGUGAUAUUGUGUUCUUCGGACACACGAGCCCUUCAUUGGAUGCACGGUGGCCCACUCGCUCCCGCAGUGCUGCUGCUUCACCUCGCGAUAGACGAAGAUUUCGUUGUGAUACC